AAAAGGCCAUCUCUGACCAAUAAGGAAAUACACAAGCACAGGCAGUACUCUCCUGAGAUUAUUUCCCCAUGACCUGAGAACCAAAGAAGAGGGCCUAAGAACCAAUCCUAGAGGUCUGGGAAUGUUAACCAAUUGUAUUUCUGACACUUGCAGGACAAGGAGUCCCCUCCGGGGUUGAGAGAGGCAGAGUAUAAAUGUCAUAAAUAAAUAAAUAAACAAACAAAUAAACAAGGAGCAAGGCCUUUCUGAAUAGGUUGGUAGAUGAGUAUGCACAAGUGUCCCUUUGUCUAAGCAAGCAAGAGUGCUCCAUCCCACAAUCAUCUUGCCAUGGUGCAAUGGAGUACUCUGGCACCUUGUGCAUUAGACCAUAAGCCAUUGUGGCUUAUCAGACAAACCCUGAUACAAAACUAUUAGACGUGGAUAGAAAUAGGAGCCAGGGUUGCUCUAUGGGUGAAUGCGGGGUCUGCAUUAUUCUGUCCCUUCCUGCCAUUAUGGAAACCAACAGGCUGCAUAUGGGGUGAUGGCAGGUAUCAAGCCAGCAGCUCCAGAUAUGCUGGCAGCAAGUCUCUCUCAAAGCCGUAUCUUGCAGACCUGCAGUAUGACCCAUCCCAAUGUUGUGAAUGGAGUUGGCACUUUACAAGGCAACCUCACUCCAUGUCUUUAUAAAUUUCCUGACCAUGCACUAAGUGCAAGUUCAUGUGCUCUAGGCCACAGCUUCGCUCCCAUGCACCCAUCCAUCCUUGGAGAGGAUCCAACCUCCACUGAUUUUAAGCAAGAAUUCCGCAAGAAGAACAAGGUCAUUGAAGAACCGAUAGACAUGGACUCUCCAGAAAUCAGGGAACUUGAAAAGUUUGCCAAUGAUUUCAAACUGAGAAGAAUUAAACUGGGUUAUACACAGACGAAUGUGGGAGAAGCUCUGGCUGCUGUACAUGGUUCUGAAUUCAGUCAGACAACUAUUUGCCGAUUCGAAAACUUGCAGCUCAGUUUCAAGAAUGCAUGCAAACUCAAAUCAAUUCUAACAAAAUGGCUGGAGGAAGCAGAACAAGUGGGAGCUUUAUACAGUGAAAAGGUUGGAGUAAAUGAACGGAAGAGAAAGCGAAGGACAACUAUUAGCAUUGCUGCUAAAGAAGCCCUAGAGAGCCAUUUUACAGAACAAAGCAAGCCUUCAUCCCAGGAGAUCAUGAGGAUGGCAGAGGGGCUAAAUUUGGAGAAGGAAGUGGUGAGAGUUUGGUUUUGCAAUCGAAGACAAAGAGAAAAGAGAGUAAAGACAAGUUUACAUCAAACCACCUUUAAUGCCAUUAUUAAGGAUCAUCAAGAGUGCCAGUAGAAAUUCCUUUCAAAGUGAGUUUAAAAGCCAGAUUUUAAAAGAGCUUGAAACUCAGAGCAUGUAGUAAUUAUCACUUUUAGAAGUUCCCCAGGUUCCAUCAUAAAAAUAUCUUUUGUUUUAAAUAUGGCAUGUUUCCUUAGGAGAUAUAGUACCUUCAUAUGGCAGCUCUUAGCACAAUUACUUUAGAGCACUUAGCUACCCUGUUUCCCCGAAAAUAAGACAGUGUCUUAUAUUAAUUUUUGCUCCCAAAGAGGUGCUAGGUCUUAUUUUCAGGGGAUGUCUUAUUUUCCCACAAAGAAGAAUUCACAUUUAUGGUUGAAUUUUUAAAAAUGAAAAUUUAUUAUCUACUGUACAGUAGUUGUCAUCACAAAACAGCAUAAUCAAACUGUGAAUCCUUUCAAGAAUUUCUAUAUUAUAUUUUAUUGCUAUACUGUUUUAAAAUUACUGUUUUAAAUUUCUGUUUGUAUGUAAAUUUAUGUUGUUGGGCUUAUCCCUGUGUAAGCUGCCCUGAGUCCCUUCUGGGAGAUGGAGGUGGGAUACAAGAAUAAAGUUAUUAUUAUUAUAUUAUUAUUAUUUCUUGUUACUACCUUUAUUUCCAUGUACAACAAUCUAUGGUAUGUACAUUUACCGAUCCUGCAUGCUUCUAAACAAAAACUUUACUAGGUCUUACUUUCGAGGGAGGCCUUAUAUUUAGCAAUUCAGCAAAACCUCUACUAGGUCUUAUUUUCUGGGGAUGUCUUAUUUUCAGGGAAACAGGGUAUUACCAGA